UGUACUGUAAACAGACAAUCGAAUGCAAAUGGGUUAAGUUAGCCAUACGCGCAGUACAAGAAUGGGACAUUUCGCUGCUGGGUUCAUAGUAUAUCUAAAUCUCCCUCUCUCACUUUCCUCAGAGGCUGGACCUUGGCUGGCGAGAAAGAAGGACAAGCGUCCUACGGUAUUAUACUGGAUGUCUAAACUAAAGACUCAAGAAUCACAAAUCAUGAUGCCCAGCUUUAAACGGCUUCACGGCCGCGCCUUGGUUGCUACUGCUCCUGUUUACUGCUCUGGACCAGCUGCUUCGUCGACCAUCAAGAUGGCCCCUUCAUCGGCUUCUUGGACAACUUGCCUGUGGCGAAUCAUCCUGAGUGUGUUGGCCCCUUCAACGGCGCUGCUCCAGUUUGGUUCAUGGGCCGCCUCAGUCUUCGGCCCUCCUGUCCAUGAGCUGUAUCUUCAACCACACUUCUCCGCACUGCAAAAAGCGCCAAUACAGACAGGCAUCCCGUUUGAAAUCUCAACCACCCCUGAGUUCAACUGCUUCAGUCCGAAUCUUCCAAAUAUCACCAUCUAUGCGACAGGGGGCACUAUCGCUGGAUCUGCUAGUUCGGCUGACCAAACGACGGGAUAUCAAUCAGCUGCGCUGAGUGUCCAAUCCCUCAUUGAUGCGGUGCCACAGCUGUGCAAUGUUGCCAACGUGAGAGGCGUUCAAUUCGCCAACACAGACAGUAUAGACAUGAGUUCAGACAUGUUACAGGCGUUGGCGGAGCAAAUCCAGGCUGAUCUCAACAGUCCAUCUACACAAGGCGCUGUUGUGACGCACGGAACCGACACUCUGGAUGAGUCGGCUUUCUUCCUUGAUCUCACGAUCCAGAGCGAUAAACCCGUGGUUGUAACGGGUUCUAUGCGUCCUGCGACGGCUAUAAGCGCUGAUGGACCCAUGAAUUUGCUGUCUUCAGUGACUUUGGCUGCUAGUCAGAACGCCAGAGGCAGGGGAGUCAUGAUUGCCAUCAACGACCGCAUCGGAUCUGCUCGCUUCACGACAAAGGUGAACGCCAACCAUCUCGAUGCUUUUCAAGCUCCUGAUAGCGGCUUGUUGGGAACAUUUGUCAAUAUCCAGCCUGUCUUCUUUUACCCGCCAUCACGGCCUCUGGGCCACCACCAUUUCAAAUUACAAUCCAGACCUCCAUCGUCAGCGCUGCCUCAAGUGGACAUCCUCUACGCUUACCAGGAGCUCAGCGUUGGCAUGUUCAAGGCGGCUGUUGAUCUCGGCGCACGAGGCAUCGUCCUCGCAGGCCUUGGUGCUGGAUUCUGGACUUCCAAGGGCACUGAGGAGAUCCGACGCAUAGUCCGUGAAACCAAGAUUCCCGUGAUAGUGAGCCGUCGACCAGAAGGCGGUUUCGUGGGACCCUGUCAGGCAGGAAUCGGAGCUGGUUUCCUUAACCCCCAAAAAGCGAGGAUCCAGCUCCAACUCGCGCUUGAGGCCAAGAUGGACAACGACGCCAUCCGGGCUCUUUUUGAGCACGCGGGAGUGCACUAAAGGGGCAAAAGAUCAAAGGUUCAGACCACAGCAGCAUGAUACAUAUUACCAACAGGACCGGUACCUUUUUAGAGGAAUUUCCAAAAAGAUCACGAUCAAAUAGGGAAACUCGAUACAAUUCGGAGGCUUACGCAUGCAUCAGAAAACGGUUUGGAUCUUCAGGGCGCAUUUUCUUGUCUUUUCAGCGAAUGUCAAAAUUGGGUGUGGCUAUCUGCUUUUUGUUUUGUUUUUGUUUUUGCAAAGAUCAUUUUUCGUUGUUUCAUCUGGGAGGCAUUUUGAAUCGGGGUGGCAAAAUGGUUAAUGGAACCAAACAAUCAUGGAGGGAGGCUAUCUGCUUUUCGUUGUUCUGCAUUGUUGUGCUUAUAAAAGUUGAUGCGAAGGGGUUGAUAAAGCUAGUCCAGCAAUCUGUUUUACGGGUGCUUGACAUGCAGGAGUAUAAUAAAGUUAAUUGUAUUCAACAUAUAUACUCAAAUUACACCUUAACAUGGUUCUCAAAG